GUCUACGUUUAUUCAGCUCUCUUAAACGAAUAAGCUUGCACUAGAGCCCGAUUUCUCUUCCGGCCUUAUAGCCACUACCGAGUAAUAAAAUGCAAAUGACCAACACCACCACGAAUAAAAAACACGCAUUGCUGUAAGACACUUGUUUUUCUGCAAUUACGGCUCAUUUUAUGUUUCUUUAAAGACAAUCUUCUUAGAUGUCUCAAGGCGUCUUCGAACACUUUGCUGGAAGACAUAAUCGUCAUGGGAGAUCAAGAUCUCAGGGAUCCAUUCAGAAUGAACUCCUGACAGAUUUUUGGCAUGAUUAUCUGAAGAAAGAUUCUUCGAGUGAGCUUGACCAAGAAUUCCUCUCCUUUCCCAGCAGUGCUCUUGAGUCGUACACUUAUACACCUCUUACAAAUGGCUCUGGGGGAACGUUACCGUUAAGUCUGCGUUCUAAUUACAUGCAAUCCCCAAGAAUGAGAGACCAGACGAAGGCCGAACAACAAUACUAUAGUGCUGCCUGUUUAAGUCGAGAAGCACUAAACUCUAGACACUUACGUUUGUUUUUCGACAACCCUAAAAAACGACGCUCUCUAUCAGAUAUAAGUUCCUUUCCUUUUCCUUCAAACAAACGUACCCAUCGAAGUUCUCCUCAGCUACAAGCAAUAAUUACUACCCAACACAAAACAUUCGAUAUAUGGUCUGCGAACGAUUACUUUUGUCUGUUGUUUGGACUUGCCGGGUCACAAUUAAACAAGUUUAAAGUCUUUACCAUUUUCCCGCCUUACUUUGCCGAAGAACUGGGCGCACAGUUCUCAUCCUUUCCACCAGCAGAACCCGGAAUAGAGGAAAGAGUCAUCUAUUGUGGUGACACAUUUCCGGUCCAAACUGUAGACGGUUUGCGUCUUAUGGCAUUUUGGGUGAAGGAAAAGGGUGACCAGCUCAUUUGGAUUCUCGAAGCUGUCGAAUGUACAUAUCAUGACUUCACUGUUGCUGAAGACGGGCAUGUCUACAGUAUCACUUCCGGCAAAGAACUCGACAUUUCCCUCCUUUCGUCUCGAUUCCCAACAAGUUGGUCCGAUCGAGUAUUCACAACACACCAUAACAAGUCGGAAUCGGCUUUUCCUAGUGUUAUAUUUCCCAUCGGUGAGAGUACUUACCGGUUCAACGUGUUUCAACAUAUGGCGGGAUUGCUAUUCUUGAAUUCCCGGCUAAUUAUGUUUUCAUUGAAUGAAGCACUCAUGGAGAACUUGUUGGGACUAGAUGAUUUGUACGGAAAACACAUAAGUGUGAUUAUGCCAGAAUUUGAAGCAGUGUUAUCGCAGCUCUGUCAAGAUGGAAACACACUGCUUCCUGGAAAGGUUAUAUCUGAAGUUCACUUUAGACAUGCAUAUAAUAACGCUAUGCAUGCUGGCUCUUCCGAAUCUAUGAAUCCACAUGUUUGUCAUGCUGACGGUUCGUUGAUUGAAGUUAAUGUCAACAUCGUGACUUUACCGUUCGUUUCUGCGGGCAGAGAGGACGUAAUAUAUGGUGUUUGGCUGAGGUUCACUUCUGAACAAUUAGCGUAUAAUGAACUGCUUCCUUAUAGGGUAUUGACUACUUUUGCUGAAGAUGCUAUUAUUGAAGAUGCAGCAGAAAACCAGCAGCCAGCUUCCAUUCCUGAUGAAGCUGAAGACUGGGAAUCGCCCCCAACAACAAUAUCUGCAUACCAUACAAUCAAAGAAUUGGGUGUUGGUGCCUAUGGCCGGGUACGCCUAGCUUCAUAUAAACGAAAACGGGACCAUGAAAUUAUUGUCAAAUGUAUUAUAAAGACUCGCAUCCUCUUGGAUGCUUGGAUGCGUGACAGACAGCUGGGCACUGUCCCUAUGGAAAUCAGUGUUCUUAAUUUCCUUAUUGACCGGCCGCAUCCGAACGUUGUGAAAAUGAUUUCAUACUUUGAAGAUGAUGACAACUACUACCUGGUGAUGGAGCCACACAGAAAUGCAAUCGAAUUAUUCGACUACAUUGAAGUCCGAGAAAAAAUUCCUGAAGAGGAGUGUAAAGCAAUCUUUUAUCAGAUGGUGUUAGCCGUCGCUCAUCUCCACUCCUAUAAUAUUAUUCACAGAGACAUUAAAGACGAAAAUAUAGUCAUAGAUGAUCGUGGGUGGGCCAAGCUUAUUGAUUUUGGAAGCUCUAGUGUUACUUGGAGAGGCCCCUUUGAUACAUUUCGAGGAACUGUUGGCUUUGCUGCACCAGAAUUACUUCGAGGAGAGAAGUACCUGGGUAAAGAACAGGACAUCUGGGCGCUAGGCGUUCUUCUGUAUACAAUACUGUAUCGUGAAAAUCCUUAUUAUAAUAUUGAAGAGAUUUUGGACGCGGAACUGCGCAUACCUUAUAUAAUUUCUGAAGAAAGUGCAGAUCUUAUAAGAAAGUUGCUUGAUAGAAACGUUGAAGCCAGACUUACUAUUGAGCAAACCUUGCAACAUAAAUGGUUUGACAACAUUCGAGACCUUGACGAAAAACUUAUCCCAGUUCCAUUGACGCUCACAUAGCCGCUAGCUUUUUUACGAUGCAUUAGCAGUAGUAUCAUCGUAAUUAGAUGUCACAAUUUAGUUGAAUAUUUGUUCUAUGAAAUAUUACGGUCGUUGAACAUGUCUAAAACUUAGAAAAGAGUGAUUGUUGAAGGCGAAUUAAGAAAGAACCCA